UGGAUGAUAGCAACGCGGCUGUAUCGCAGUGUGUACAAUGUUAUCCUUCAAGCCAAGAAGUUGCCUUUCCUUCCGGGGUUAACAUUCCAACCAGGGCAUCUGGCUAAGGAUGUCAUGAACAGUCGUUUAGGGCGGAUGGAGAGGACCACCAAUUUCUACCAGGUCGUUGGCCUGCUACGAGAUCCUGAAAACAGGACACUCAAUAUCUUUCCCAUUGUGGACAAUCACAAAAACAAUCUUCUGGUGGGCACAAUCACCCGGCAGUCCCUGGAACAGAUUCUCACACAGCACCUUAACUCCCGCGGCUACCAACCGCCGUCGGAACACAUUGCCAUGAGGUCGAUGGCGAGUCUGGUGGCGCAGACGAUGUUUGCGCCCAUUGGGAUCUCCUUCUUCCUACAGAACAAUGUGGACAAGGUCAAACGCAGCGCACAUCCCUCGGCCUUUCCGGUGCUUUUGGAUGAUCUUAAAGGGUUUGCAAAUCACCAGGCCGAGCAGGGGGCGCCGAAG